CCUUACAUCCCCGCUCUACCCCGCACCACGCAAGGGAUGUCUUCCAUACUUUCUGCGCCGCUCCGCGCGGUAUCAAGCAUUCUCGAACACGUUCAUGCAUCGUUAUCUCCGGUCGACACAGACGGAGCCAACCCGACCGCUACGUCCAGCGAGAGCGGCGGAUGGUUGAGUAACACCGUCGCCGACCUCGACAAGCUCGUGAGCGGCGGUAACCUCGUCAAUGCUUCCGACAUACCCGCGUUCGUCGACGCCAUCCGCAACCUCAAUGGUGUCGGAAUCGAUGAUCGCGAAGGGCUGCUCGAGAAGCUGGUCGUCCUCAUGUCCCGCCUGCCCGAAGAUUCUGAGCUCGGAGCGAAGAUGCAGAAGUUGUUCAUCGACGCAUUGUAUAAGGAUCUGCCUCACCCGCCCCAGGGAUUCGUUUCGGAUUUCGCGAUUACCUCGCAGCCGACCGAGAGCGGUUCACCGACGACGAUCGCGGGUGCCAAAGGCCCUUCUACUAUCCCCACGAACCCCAACAUUGGCGCUGGUCCUCAAGUCACAUUUGCCGCUGACGGCCCGAAACCCAAUACCAACGGAAGCGCGAACGGGAACGCGUCGAAUGGAUAUGGCGCCGCGGCGCAAGGGGUUAAGCGCCCGGCGUAUGUGUUCAGGACAGACGACGGAUCGUCGUACAACCCUCUCAUCCCGGAUUUGGGCAAGGCCGGAACGCCGUACUCGAGGUCGGUGCCGUCUAUGGUCUCGACACCCGCCACGGCGCUGCCCGACCCCGGCCUAGUGAGCAUCCAGGCGAGUAUUCUGCACUCGCUAACUGACAUGGCCGCCACAGGCUCAUCACCACCCACAGGCGGCCUUUCUUCCCUCUUCUUCGCCGUCGCGGACAUCGUCAUCCACAACGUGUUCGACACUGACCACUCGAACCCGUCGAUCAAUAUGACCAGCUCCUAUUUGGACCUCGCCCCCCUUUACGGCGGCGGAACGAAGACUGUGUUCGAAGGAGGACACUGUUUGAGGAUGCCGGUGCACGAGAUGCGGCAGUUCGAUGGGCGCGGGUUGAUCUGGGAGGACUGCUUCGCCGACGCGAGGCUGUUGUCGAUGCCUCCCGCAGUCUCCGCGAUAUUGGUCCUACUGAACCGUAACCACAAUUUCAUUGCGAAGAAGAUCCUUGCUAUCAACGAGAAAGGCACCUUCGCGGACCCAUCUACUCUUAGUGAGGAUGCGAAGCGCGCUCAAGACGACGAGUUGUUCCACCGCGCUAGGCUUGUAAACUGCGCAUACUGGGGUCAGGUCGUCCUCGGCGACUAUGUCGGAGGUAUCCUUGGUCUCAUUCGGGAUGGCAGCCCGUGGAGGCUGAACCUCCUUCAGCAAAUGCGCGACGGUGAUCACGAGCUCGCGCCUCGGGGUGAAGGCGCGUCCGUAUCUGUCGAAUUCAACAUGCUCUACCGUUGGCACGCGACGACCUCCGCUCCCGACGCGGCGUGGAUUGGCGCUGCGUUCCAGCAAAUGAUGCCCGGGAAGCCGUACGACGAGAUCACCCCACAGGACUUUGCCAUGGCGGCAAGGAAGUGGCUCAUUCCGGACCGUGACCUCAGGAAAUGGGCUCCAGCAGGCAUGGCGCGCGGCGAUGACGGCCUAUUCCCCGAUGAAGUCUUGGCCCAGAUCCUGCAUACGGCUACUGAAACCCCAGCCCAUGCUUUUGGCGCGAGGUCAACGCCUGACGCACUCCGUGUCAUUGAGAUCAUGGCCCUUCAACACUCCAGAUCAUGGGGCACUUGCACUAUGAACGAGUUCCGAUCAUACUUCGGUUUGAGACCAUACGCCAACUUCAAAGAGUGGAAUCCGGAUCCGGCAAUCUACAAAGCAGCGGAGGCUCUGUACCACCAUAUCGAUAAUCUUGAACUCCACACCGGACUUCAAGCUGAGGAGACGAAAGAAUCGAUGCCCGGAGCGGGUCUCUGCCCCGGGUUUACCAUCGCUCGUGCUAUCCUUGCCGACGCUGUUUGUCUGUGCCGUGGCGAUCGCUUCUUGACGAUCGACCUCACUCCCGCAAACCUGACAUCUUGGGGCUUCCAGGACGUCAUGGUGAACAAGGAAGAUGGGUCAUACGGAGGUAUGCUCACAAAGCUGUUUUUCCGCACGCUUCCCGACUACUUCCCUCGCGGAUCGGCGUACGCGCACUUCCCUCUCAUGGUUCCGUCUAAGAUGCAGAAGUACGCGGCGAAGAACGACCCAGCGAACGUCGCUAAGUACACCUGGACGCGCCCGCAGCCUACCAAAGGGAUGACUGUCAUUAGCACCUACAAGGGCGUCGAAACCAUCAUGGAGAAGAGAGAUUUGUUCGUAUCCGCGAGCGACCAGCGUCUUUCACUGCUCGUCAAGGGUCUCAAGACAGACCGUGAUACCGUAAACAAAGCUUUGUGUGGUGCAGAACAGCUCCAGAAAUGGUCGAACACUUUCGAGGAGAUUACUCUGAACCUCGUGCAACACAAGACGAUCACUGCCAUCAGCGCCAAGACGAAGUACCUCGACGUUGUCAAGGACGUCCUCAACCUCGUUCCUGUGUACUUCAUCGCGAAUGAGUUGUUCGGUCUCCCACUGAAAACUGCUUCGAAUCCUCGUGGGAUCUACAGAGAUCACGAGCUGUAUGAACGUUUCUCCACCGUUGCGAAUUAUGUGCUCAUUAACUAUGACGCGUAUGAUGACUGGACCCUGCGACUGAAGUCCGCCGAUACCGCGGAAGAGUCGCUGGAGUACAUCACAGCCCACCUCGACAAGAUUAGAAAUGGCAUGUUUUCGUACUCCGGAUUCAAGGACACGAUCUCCUCCUUUAUAACGUCUAAGAACGAUCACUCGGAAGAUUUCAUGACGAAGUGGCACGCGUUGGCCGGAAGGAAUGCCCCCCACCCGGAGAUGGCUGCUAGCCUGUUUAGCGAAGUCGUGCCCUCCGCCGCCGAUUAUUCCUCGGCCCUCGCGCACGUCGUCGACUUCUACCUGCGCCCAGAGCAUGCGGAAGAGCUCAAUGACAUUAUAGCGGGAUGCUCGGGCGACAAGGGACGAUGGACCGAAGCACGUCUUGUAGGGUACAUACGCGAGGCAUUGCGGUUGAAUCCGCCCGUGUCCAUGAUUUACCGGACUGCGAAGGCCGAUACCGAUGUUGACGGGACCAAGGUCUCCGCGGGCCAGACGGUGUACGCGAACUUUGCCGAGGCAAACGUCGACAGCACCGUAUUUGAAACCAAUGCACACGAGCCUGACUUUGCGAGAACCGCGCACGGGUUAUAUAGCCUUGGAGAAAAUGGCCUGAUGACACCGGCGUUCUUCGAGAAGACGGCUCCUCAUAUUCUUCGCACAGUCUUCUCCUUGAAGAAUCUGAAACGCGGCCCGGGUGCAUCGGGCAAACUCACGUCGUUCACGCAAAGCAUCGAGGGCACCGCCCAGCGCUUGUAUAUUGACAUGGAUGGCAAGUUGACUCCGUGGCCUGCCUCGUUGCUGGUGCAGUAUUCCUGA